AGCGAGUAUGGAGUUUUACGCAUUUGUGUAUUUUCCUUUGACUUUGGCUUUUUGUCUCUUUGCAAGUAAAUACAUUUCUUUUCAGCUUGAUUUGAAAAGAAACAGACCGUAUUUUUCUCCACUGUAGGUCUUUCAAUGUGCGUAAAAGUGGAUGUUUCCGCUUGCACCCUGCUCCAGCACUACCACCGUCUUCAUAAAUAGCUCUCAUAACGCGCUUGUGAUAAGCAAUGUGCAGUUCUUGGAUUGAACCCUAAGUGUCGCUGUUGGUUGAUAAGGUUGAUCUGGCUGAUUUUAUGCAUCAUACACGCCUUCCGUGCCACUUGGGCUGUGCAUUUAGUACAAAGCCUUGUGCACCGCAAAAUCUGGAUGACGCUUUUAACAGGCAGUAUACAUGCUUUGUUUCAUUUUUAGAUUUCAAUUUAAUUAUUAGAAGAUUAGAUUUUUGAAGACGUUUCUGCGCUACCGAGUGGAUAUUCUUUUUAGGAAAGAUCAAUCAAAGCUCCGCCAUCACCAUGAAAAGGAAGAAUUGUCAUUCUGCAUGGCCGUCGUGUGUUCUGCUGUUCUGUGCACAUUUUCUCUGUGGCGCGUACGGACAGGUCCGUUACUCCGUGCCAGAGGAGAUGGCACCCGGUUCAUUCGUCGGAGACAUAGUUAAAGACCUAGGUCUUGAGCUUAAAAGGCUGACAACGGGGAAAGCGCGGAUCUUUACAGCAGGUGGCCGGGAAUAUGUUGAGCUGGACCGGGAGAAAGGGCACAUCAUUAUUAAGGAGAGAAUCGACCGAGAGCUUUUGUGUGCUGGUGCUGUAUCCGCGUGCAGUCUGAGCUUUGAAGUCAUCUUAGAAAAUCCUAUCGAGCUCUAUCGCAUCACUAUAGAAAUCCUGGAUGUUAACGACAACAGUCCUGCAUUCACAAGAGGUGAAAUUGCAUUAGAAAUCAGUGAGUUGGCUUCAACCGGAGCGCGUUUUACUGUGGAUAGCGCAGUUGAUCCUGAUGUCGGCAUUAAUAGUAUUCAAAGUUAUUCAAUUCAUCCUACUGAUCAUUUUACACUAAAGACACAAAGUCGAUCCGGCAGCAGUAAAAACGUCGAGCUUGUUUUGCAAACGCCUUUGGACAGAGAGAAACAAGAACAUUUAUAUUUGACAUUAACUGCUACAGAUGGAGGCAACCCCAAACGCUCAGGCACGGUAAAAAUACACGUUAUUGUUUUAGACAUAAAUGACAAUGCUCCGGUUUUCCAAAAGAACACAUACAGAAUAUCUAUCCCAGAAAACACCGCAAAAGGAUCGCUGCUAACUAUUGUUAAUGCGACUGAUGCGGAUACCGUCUCGAAUGGACAAAUUGGAUAUUAUUUCGAACACACCACACCCAAAAUUCGAGACCUGUUUUCUGUCGAUCCGUCCAGUGGUGAAAUAAGACUGAUUGGUGAGCUUGAUUUCGAAGAGUCCGCAAUACACGAGUUUAAAAUUCAGGCUAAAGAUCAGGGGGGUUUGUCAGAUUCGUCUGAGGUGACAGUGGAAGUGACAGACGUAAAUGACAACACACCAAAAAUGACGCUUAUGUCUUUCUCUAACAGUAUACCUGAGAAUUCACCACUUGGAACUGUAGUGGCCAUGAUAAAUAUACAAGACAGCGAUUCUGACGAAAACGGAAAGAUUACCUGUUUUAUUGACAGAGACCUUCCGUUUAAAAUCGAAUCAUCUUUGACUAAUUAUUACAGUAUUGUCACGGACUCCGAGCUAGACAGAGAAGACACACCUGAGUAUAAUAUUACCAUCACAGCCAAAGACAGCGGCAGCCCUUCGUUGUUUAGUAAAAAGACUUUAAACGUAAAGAUCACUGAUGUAAAUGAUCAUGCUCCGCAGUUUGAGCAGGAUUCAUAUAAUGCGUAUGUGAUGGAGAAUAACUCGCCCUCUCUGUCUUUGUUCAGUGUUAAAGCGCAUGACGCAGAUUUGGGAGCAAACGCACGAAUAUCCUACUUAAUUUCCGAUACUGAUUUGAACGGCAUACCCAUUUCGUCUUUUGUUUCUAUCAACUCCGAGAGUGGGACGAUUUAUGCAACAAAAUCGUUUGAUUAUGAACAAUUAAAGUCAUUUACAAUCACAGUAAAAGCGCAGGACGGAGGCUCUCCUCCUCUCAGCAGCAACGUGAGCGUGAAAAUAAUCAUUCAGGACCAGAAUGACAACGCGCCUCAGGUUCUGUAUCCGGUCCAGUCAGCCGCUUCUGUGGUGGCUGAAAUAGUGCCUCGUUCGGCAGAUGUGGGUUAUCUGGUGACUAAAGUGGUGGCUGUUGAUGUGGACUCUGGUCAGAAUGCCUGGCUCUCAUAUAAACUGCACAAAGCCACAGACAGGGCGCUGUUUGAAGUGGGCUUACAGAAUGGAGAAAUAAGAACUGUACGCCAAGUCACAGAUAAAGAUGCUGUCAAACAAAGACUCACUGUUGUAGUGGAGGACAACGGGCAGCCCUCUCGAUCAGCUACAGUCAAUGUUAACGUGGCGGUGGCGGACAGCUUCCCUGAAGUGCUCUCGGAGUUCACUGACUUUACGCAUGACAAGGAAUACAACGACAACCUGACUUUCUAUCUGGUCUUGGCCUUGGCUGUGGUUUCAUUUCUCUUUAUCGUGUCUAUCAUUGCCAUACUGUCAGUCAAAUGCUACAGAUGGAGACGCGAGCACAUGUUUUACAAAUCUGGAGCGAAUCUUCCAGUUAUUCCGUAUUAUCCACCUCUUUACGCAGACGUAGGCGGCACAGGAACUUUACAGCACGUGUACAAUUAUGAGGUGUGUGGCACUACUGACUCCAGAAAGAGUGAUCUGAAGUGUUUGCGGCCCUCUAGUCAAAGUGUUUUAAACGUUGACUUAAGUGGCACGAGGACUGUGCCAAAGCAAAACAGGCAUACAGAUGAACCAGAUGUUACUGCAGAGCAAAAACCACCCAGCGGUGACUGGCGUUUCACACAGAACCAGAGGCCUGGGCCCAGCGGGGCUGCUGCCACUCCUGAGGUUGCCGUGGGAACAGGACCCUGGCCCAACCCCCCCACCGAGGCCGAGCAGCUCCAGGCGCUGAUGGCCGCUGCUAAUGAGGUCAGCGAGGCGACCAACACUCUGGCUCCAGGCACCAUGGGUCUGAGCACCCGCUACAGCCCUCAGUUUACCCUGCAGCACGUCCCCGAUUACCGUCAGAACGUCUACAUCCCCGGCAGCACCGCCACUCUGACCUCCAACCAACAGCAACCCCAGCAGGCCCUGCCUCCACCGCAGGUCGCCGCCGCCGCCCAACCCGAGCCACCCAAGGCUGCCCAGACGCCUGCCAGCAAGAAGAAAUCCACCAAGAAGGAGAAGAAGUAGAGCGCUGAGGCAUGGUAGAUACGUAGGGGUAAAAUUUAGUGAGGUUGAAAUAGCUGGACAACUCCAUCCUGUGCUGUUCUGAGGUUUGCUGGAAAAAUAUGAGGGUAAAAAAAACUGUCAACGUAAACCCACUUCUCAGUUUCAUCUAACUGCUUUGCGUUUUAUUUUUUUUUCCUGCUCAAGUACUGUAAAAUCAUUUGCAUAUAAUUCUGAACCCUUUGAAAUUUCAGAUUUUCAUGCUCACGUUUGCCAAGUUUAUGCAACUUUUAAGCGACACUAUAUUCCUGCGUAUAUCUAGCCAAUAAUGUAUUUACCACAGUACUUUACCGUGAUCAUCAUGACAUCUGGACAGAAGGAGGAAAUGUAUUAUUAUAACAAUCAUGAUCUUGUUUAUACAAAGACACAGUGUCCAUUGCUGCAUUUCCUGACGUGCCCAGUAGGAUGAUGCGAUGUUUGUAAAAUGCAUCAUGAUUAUUACUUUUGUUGUUGUUUACUAAAAUACCACUAUGGACUUUUUUUUAAUUGAUUAUUUUAGAAGUGUUCCCAUAGAUGAAAUUCAGGUGAUUAUUUCUGCAUGCUGUUUUUUGCGCCAUAGAUAAUCGCCAUGUCACCUGACGUCUACAAACUUCUGACAGAGGAGGUGAGCAGUUAAACCAUCCGCUUUUAUUGUGUUUUCUUUCAAGUAAUCUAAGAAUGGAUUCCCCUGUGUAUCACUGAGCCAGAGAUUAGUUGUUGUUUUUGUUUUUUUAAACAUUAACUGAAUGUUUUUGGAGCAUUAGCAACGUCCGAGCCAUAACGGGAGCGUUGUUACCUGUAAGUCCAUAAGCACCUGCAGUGGAGUAUCGUCCUUAGUAUUCAGUAUUUCCAGGUCAUCCUGAAGUGUUGAAGCUCUUUAUCAGUUUUGGUUGUAAUUUGAUGAGUUAUUAAUGAUGCUCACUAUGAGUAUCUGCUGUUUUGAUGGUGACAAAACCUCCAUGUGCAACAAGCUCAGUGAUUUCAAUAUGAAUGGAUUCAAAUUCAAUUCUGGUUAAGAUGCUGUUUCAGAAGGCAACUUGUGCUCACUGAAUGUACAACAAGCACAUUUUAAAUCCAUUAGAGUCAGUUAGUAGAACCUUUGGAAAGCUGGUGUUCUAGAACAUUACUUAUGAUACAAAUAUUCCGUCCAAAUGCUGAUUCCGGAUCACUUUCGCAUUGACAUACUUUGUAAAUAGAAAUCAGCCCUUAAAAACACACAUGAAACCUUUUUAGAUAAUCUGCUCAAGAGGAAUGGCUUACUACUGGAAUGUCAUUUUAUUUUUUAGAAAAAAAAUGCACAAAAAUAUUAAAAUGGAGUAAAAGGAGAAAGAAAAAAAAAACAUUUGACACUCUGUGUUACCAAUGUAGUUCUUUAGUACUAUGAAGACCAACUAACGCACCUGUAAAUAAAGAGUUUAACUUUUACUUAUGAAAAUAAAUAGACACACUCUUAGUCUAGAAGUUGUGAUGUUAUGCAUAUAUUUUUGUGUUCAUCUUUCCUCUUUUCCUGUCACACUUUUCCAUGAAAAGACACAAAAUGGAGGACGAAUAGACCUAAAUGCCUCUGUUUAUUAAUUUUGUGAUCUCUGUUGUGCUUACAUGUGAGAAUGCUUUUUAAUGUCUAUAUGAAGAAUCUGAAUAGAUCUAUUAUCUGUGUGUGUGCGUGUGUCUGCUGAUGCUGUAAUCCCGCUGUAACAUCGCUGAUAAAACGCUUUGAUUCCCGGCUCCUGUGUGCUACUUGCAUUUUAUAUGCUAAUAUUUAUAUUGCUGUUUUAUUUUAUUUUAUUUUUUUCUUUUCCUGACACUGACAUUUCAAAUAAAAAGUUCUCAAAUUA